AAUUGGACAUGACUCUUUGUUGUUGUUACUUCUCACUCCUAGAAAACCAAACUACUACCAAGUAAUAUAAUAAUAAAUAUUUUCAUGUAUCUUAUCCGUCCCUUCUUGCGAACAUUGAGACUUCUUCAUCCCAAUCGCGUGACAUUUCAUACCACAUCUACCAUGUCGGCGAAUACUAAAUCCAAGUUCUCUCACCUGCCACUGAGUACCAGUGGCCCAGUAGAAUGCGCCGUGUCCGGUACCGUCUUGUUGAACACGCCAUACUUCAACCGUGGCUCCGCACACACAGCUGAAGAGCGUCGCGAGUUCAAUUUGGCUGGCCUACUACCUACUAGCAUUCAAACCCUCCAACAGCAAGCCGAACGUGCAUACCAGCAGUAUGUUUCGAGACAAGAUGACUUGGCCAAGAACACCUUCUUGACUUCUCUCAAGGAGCAGAAUCUAGUCUUGUACUACAAGCUUCUACAAGACCAUAUGAAGGAGAUGUUCAGUGUUGUAUACACACCAACCGAAGGCGAUGCAAUUCAGAACUUUUCCCGGCUAUUCCGUCGACCCGAAGGAUGCUUCCUCAACAUCAAUGAUCUUGAUAGGGUCUCUCACGAUCUUGGCCAAUGGGGAAAGCCUGAAGACAUUGACUACAUUGUUGUGACAGACGGAGAAGAAAUUCUUGGGAUAGGGGACCAAGGAGUAGGCGGAAUACUCAUCUCCGUGGCGAAACUGGUGCUUACCACUCUAUGCGCUGGAAUCCAUCCUAACCGAACCUUACCGGUCGUCCUGGAUUGUGGAACAGACAACGAGAAACUCCUAAGUGAUGACUUGUAUCUCGGCCUGCGCCAAAAGCGGGAACGGGGUAAGAAGUACGAUGAAUUAGUCGAGACUUUUGUUAAAUCGGCGCGGAAGCUGUACCCGCAUGCUUAUAUCCAUUUCGAGGACUUUGGGUUGACAAAUGCACGCCGUAUCUUGGACCAUUACCGAUCAGAAAUCCCCUGCUUCAAUGACGAUGUCCAAGGGACUGGGUGCGUCACCUUGGCUGCCAUCAUGGCCGGACUUCACGUGUCUAAGCAGAAACUUCGGGACGCCAAGAUAGUCAUCUUCGGCGCAGGAACUGCUGGUGUAGGGAUUGCAGAUCAGGUUCGCGAAGCUAUCGCUACCGAGAAGGGUAUCAGCAAAGAGGAGGCGGCUAAGCAGAUAUGGCUCGUAGACCGCCCCGGCCUCCUAACCACCACCACCUCCCUCGACAACGGCCAACAAGUCUACGCCAAGUCCGGCUCCGACUGGGCCCACAAGGACACCUCCCUCCUUUCCGUCAUCACAUCCGUGCACCCCAACGUCCUCAUCGGCACCUCCACCGUUCCCAAAUCCUUCACCGAGGAAAUCAUCAAGGAAAUGGCCCGCGGCGUCGACCGCCCCGUCGUCCUGCCCCUCUCCAACCCAACCCGCCUCCACGAAGCCGUGCCCGAAGACAUCCUCAACUGGACGAACGGCCGCGCGCUCGUCGCCACCGGGUCCCCGUUCGCGCCUGUAAAAGGUCCCUGGGGACCCGAUGGGAAGGAGGUGGAGAUUGAGGUCGCCGAGUGCAACAACUCCGUCGUCUUCCCCGGCAUCGGCCUCGGCGCCGUGCUCGCCCGCGCCACCAAGGUAACGGACAACAUGCUCGUCGCCGCCGUGCGCGGCGUCUCGCAGCUGAGCCCCGCGCUGCGGGACGACACCGCGCCUUUGCUACCGGGCGUAGAGCACGUCCGCGACGUUAGCGUCAGGGUUGCGAGAGAGGUCAUCCGCGCGGCGGUGGAGGAUGGGGUCGCGACUGAGAAGGGAAUUCCCGGGGAGGAUGGGGGCGAGGCGGGGCUGGAUGAGUGGAUUCGCGAGCAGAUGUGGGAUCCGGUGUACCGCCCGCUGAAGCGCGUGCAGCCGGAGGGCGCGAGCAGGGCUGCGAAGGCGGAGUUGAAGGUUGUCGGGAGUUUGGGGAAGGCGUGAGUGAGUGAGUGAUGGAUUAGGAUAGGCAGGAAGUUUGACUGUGCAGCAGAGAAAGUAGUUCGUGUUUUGGCAUUUGGUUCGAUGCCCAGUGUGUAUGGAGCUGCCAGGCGCCUGCUGUGUGUGUAUCGGGGGCAUGAAGGCGGAGGUCUAUGUAGGUGUAAGCAGAGGUGAAUGCCGUAGAGAGGGUCAAUCAAUUACGCAUAGGUAUAAUAAAUAAGUUGCGCGCCUCCUAACCAGGUA